CUUGCGCCGACAUUUCGUGCCGUCGCGACCUGCAGGGAGAAGAGAAGAGAAGAGAGGAGAAGAGAGAGCUCCGUUCAUGAGUUAAAACCUCAGUGUGUUUGUUGACAGAUUUCUCGGCCACGCCCCCGGGCAGAGACGUCACAGUGCACCGGGGCUGAACUGAACAGGUAGAAAGUUGUUUAAGAUGUCAGCGGUUGUCAUGGAGUCUGGGUUCAACACUCAGCACACAGACUGACUGACUGACUGACUUUAGCCCUUUUCAGACAUGGGAUCAAUCAACAGGUGAUCAGUAAUCGGAAAAUUAGUAUCGGACGACUUUUCAUUCGAUUUUUAAAGAAUCGUUAGUCCUGUAAUGACCAAUAUAAAUAUAUUAUAACGUAUUAUAUAUUAUAAGAGCGUGAUAUUCUGAGACUGAAUGUUUAAUCGUUAUUGUGGUUAUCGUUAUUUUUUUUUUUUGUCCUUUUGUAAACUUUUUUUCAGAUUGAUUAGACUCCUAAAAUAAUUAAAAUUGGCUUAUUCACAGUGUUUUCUUGUUUAUGAACAGAAGAAAACUGAUUUACCUCUUUUAUUAAAUUAUUUUAUUUAUUUAUUUUAGAUAUUUUACAGGUUCGGCCUCAUCACAUUACUGUCGUGACUUUUACAUCAAAGUAACGGGUUUAAUCAAACAUGAGACUCGCGUAUAAAGUUGCAUGUAACAAGAUGCAUAUCUGAAAGGGGCUAUAGUUAAUCAGUGAAUGAUACCUCAUGUGGUGAAUCCGUUUGGAAACUGAGAUUAAUUACCGUACGUUUCCUGUAUGUCAGUUGUUUCUGUUUUUGUCUUUGUUUUGUGCAGGUCAGUGGAGUUGUGUACAGUCAGUCAUUGUGAAAUAGAUGGAUGGAUAAUGUCUGUUAUUUAUCCCUAAAGGGUUUAAUAAGGGGCAGCGAAUGGCUUUUUUUUUACAGACGCUAUCAUGCCCGAUCCUGUCUCAUUGUCCUCUCUGUUGAGAUUAGAGCUUCAAGUUGGCUGACGUGAGGAGAUUCCCUCAUCCUUGUUCUCAGAUAGGUUUCUUUGUGUUUGAGUUAUUUGGUCCGUGGAUGGCGUUCCACUCUCUCUCGUUUAAUUCCACUAUGUUUGCUGUGUUUUGAGGCCGACAGCAUGUGGACAGUUCUGUGUUUCAGCUGUAAACUGAGAAAUCAAGGCAGUGUUUUUGCUCUUUGAUCCUGAAUUUGCUGUCUUGAUCAUCUUCUGGUUUUCUGCCUGUUUUUAAAGGACAUUAUUUUCUGUCUUCUAUCAGCUCCAUUUUGUUUCUUGGUUUUAUGUGAGUGCAAACUGCGGCUUCAAUUGAACCCUUUCACCUCACUUUGGAUGCUCUGGUUGUCUCUGACAUUAUGAGCUGUUGCCGUUUCCUCUCCUGCUGUGUUUUAUCCUCUUGCUGCUGUUGAUGUUUCUCACAGACUGUUAGCAGGUUGACACCAACAAGAGGUGUGGACGUCCAGGUUAAAAAUCCAUUCAAAGUGGAAGAAGCAUUAGUUAAGCUGUCAUUGUUGGAUGUGAUUUUUCUGUGCUGAGGUGGAGCACUGAAAUGAAUGGUGAUGAUGAUGAUGUCUAGCAUUAUGAUGAAUUGUAUUUUCAGCAUUUUUCAUCAAUCUGAAAUGACUGAGAGGUCAGAGUUGAGCGAGCUGUCUGUUCAGGAUCAUAAUGUACGGUCUGAUGUUGUUCCUGGAUCAGGGUUAGUUGCAGCACAGAACCCCUGAAGCUGUGUCUGAGGAUCCAGAGACAUCUGCGGAGUACAGGAUUGUGGAAGCAGUGAGCAUUGCUCCACCUGCUGUCGCUCAGUUGAACAUGUUUUUUUUUAUCCGUGUUAGCUUACACGUUGCUCUGCACCUUGCUUCUGUUUGCUUUCUCCUCUGAUCAGCUGAUGUCUUUGGUGUUGUGCUGGCAAUCAGUUGCUGAUAUUGCUCUGGUUCACAUAAUGCUAAUAUUGCUCUCGUUGAUGUAAUGCUAAUGUUGCCCUGGUUGACAUGAUGCUAAUGUUGCUUUGGUUUACAUGUACCUGACACUGCUUUUGUUAAAAUGUUGAUGACAUUGCUCUUAUUGCUCUGGUUGAUAAGUUAUUGCUGUUGCUUUUGAUAACAUGUUGCUAAUGUUUUGUUGACAAUGUUGCAGAUUUGCUGGUUGACGUGUUGCUUGGGUUGGGUGAAGUUGCUGAAGUGCUGCCUGCUCUUUUGGUGCUGCUUGAGGAUUCAGGAAGCAGGAUCGGUCCUGCUCACCUCUGUGUUGUUGCUGGCCUCCUGGUUGCCUGAUAGGUCCUGGGUUGUUGCUUGGUGUUUAUAGGGUGUUGCUGGCUGGUUUCCAGGUGGUUGCUGGCUUGUUGGAGCUCAGCAAGUCCUAUCUUCGGUUUCAUACUUGGUACUUCUUCUUAGGAGAGUUUGAUAUUGUUACACUGCCGGCUUUAGUCAUGAUGGGUUUUGGUUUUGGACAGGUGUGUCUUUCUGCUGUCAGCUAGGAAAGCUACCGCAGUCAGAUUCUGAGGUUUCAGUUUUCCUGCAGAAAUCCCCUGUCUGUUAAACAGUGAAACUAUACACAGCUUAGUUGCAUUGGUUGUAGGGCUGUUGUUUAGCAGUCAGUAUGGCAGUAGUCAUCAGGCUGCAAGGUCUGCCCAUAGUGGCCGGCACCAUGGACAUCAGACACUUCUUCUCUGGCCUCACCAUCCCUGACGGGGGAGUGCACAUCGUGGGGGGUGAGCAUGGCGAGGCCUUCAUCGUCUUUGCCACUGAUGAAGAUGCUCGGCUGGGGAUGAUGCGUACAGGAGGGUCUAUUAAGGGAUCCAAAGUGUCGCUGUUGCUUAGUAGCAAAACAGAAAUGCAGAACAUGAUUGAACUCAGCCGCCGCAGGUUUGAGGCUGGGGCAGGUGCUGUAGAGACAGCUGCAUCUACAGCAGGAAAUGCCAACCGACAAGUGGCUGCCCCCAUACCCACAGUGCAGCCAGGGGCAGGAGGGAGAAGUGGUAGCCAUGGAAACCAGGGUUUCAGUAACACCCAGGCCUCAGUAACAGCAGCAAGCUCAUCUCCACAAAGCAACAAGGCAGUCGCCAGUGUGGUGCCCAGCUUCCCCAACAGCUACAGCUCUGCCCCCACAAUCACCACAGCUCUGGCAUCGCUCAAUGCAGGACCCCCACCCAUCCCUCCACUUCCAAGCAUGCCUUCCAUGCCCUCCAUGCCCCCCAUGCCCACUCUUCCCUCUAUUCCAGUUCCUCCUCCAGUGUCUUCCCUCCCUCCUGUCCCUACUGUCUCCCCACUGUCCCAAGGACCUCCAGUUCCUCCUAUGUCCCACCUAUCUCACAUGUCCUCCAUGCCUCCCUUUAACCCCUCCCUACCUCCUCCAGGAGGGCUUGGCUCUGGCCUCCCUCUUGGAACCCCCAACCCCAUGCUGUUCAACCCUCUCUCCCCCCUGGCCUCUCUUGGCCUCCAGGCCCAUAUGAAGGCUGCUGCUGCUGCGGCUAGUGGAGCAGGAGUGGCCAGUCCUGAUGAGUUAUUUGUCUUCCUGCAGAACCUCCCAUUCUCCUGUUCAGAGGUGGAUGUCAGGGGUUUUUUCCGGGGUCUGGGGGUGGAUGGGGUUCGCCUGCUGAGGGAUGGACAGGGCCGCCCAUCUGGCAGGGCUAUGGUCAAGUUCUACUCACCCCAGGACAGCUUCGAAGCUGUGAAACGGGGAGGUGGCAUGAUGGGCCAAAGGUUCAUUGAGAUCACCCCUGGCUCUGAGCGGCAAUGGGCCAGCCUCAAUGAUAGUGUGACAGGCCAUAAUCCUCACAACAGCGGCAAAUCAAAUAAUGAGGCACAGGACCAGCAGCACCGCCGUGGUAAUGCUGGGUCAGGGGCCGGAGGCAGGGAUCAGCGAGGAAGGUCACGAUCUCCCCACCGGCAGGAGUUCUGUGUCUACCUGAAGGGCCUUCCCUACGAGGCAGACAAGAAACAGAUAAAGGAGUUCUUUAACAAUUUGGCCAUCAUAGAGGACAGCAUCUACAUUGCCUACGGGCCCAAUGGGAGAGCCACAGGAGAGGGCUUCCUUGAGUUUAAAACAGAACAGGACUACAAGACUGCUCUGGGUGCUCAUAUGCAGUACAUGGGCACCCGCUUCAUCCAGGUCCACCCAAUCAACCGUAAGGGAAUGCUUGAAAAGAUUGACACUAUCCGCAAACGUGAAGCCGCACAGGGUGAUGGCAAGAACCAGGAUGGCAUGAAAGCUCCUAGGAACUGUGCCCACAUCACCAACAUCCCUUACAAUGUCUCCAAGAAGGAUGUCCGUGCCUUCCUGGAGGGUGUGGGGCUUUACGAGGACACCCUGAAAGUUCUGACAGAUAGUCAUGGCAAUGGUUUAGGCCAAGCGAUCUUCCAGCUGCGGACUGAAGAAGAUGCCCGUAAAGCUGAGAGACUGCACCGCCAAAAACUAAAUGGCCGAGAUGCUUUUGUCCACCUGGUGACAUUUGACCAGAUGAAGGAAAUUGAGAGGAAUCCCCCUCCUCAGAACAAGAGGGGCCAACGCAACCAGAACCAGAACCAGCUGAACCAAAAUCAGAACCAGCAUCAGCAACCUCAGCCCACUGCCCAGCAACCCCAGAUCAACCCAUUUGCUGGUAUUAGCGGUGAAGAGUUUAACUUUCUCAGAAACACCAUGGGAAACCUCAAUAGUGCCCCCUUUGUGACUCCAUUCUCAGCCCCAGGAAAUGGGCUGGCAGGCCCUCCUCCUCUCCCUCCUCUGGCUGCAGGGCUAGGGGACGUGAAUCUAGGCGUGGCCCCUCCACUUGUUGCUGGUAUUCCUGGAGCUUCCAUCUUGGAGCCACCCGGCUUUCGACCUGGCGCUGCAGGAGGAGCCCCCUUCAACCAAGAUGGACUGAGAGGGUUGGUGCCUUUUGACAACGGCAACAGAAAAGGAGGUGGAGGAGGACAGAACCGUGGGGGAGGGGCUAAUAACAACCAAGGACGUCCUGGGGGCGGGGCUACUGGUGCACAGCAGGUGUUCACUCCAGGAGCUGACGGCCUCCGUAACCAGCCGGCCCCUGGGGGACCUAACAAUCCCAACAGUCAACGUGGUGCUGCUGGCCCAACCAUUGUAAAGCUUCAGAAUAUGCCGUUCACUGUAACUGUGGAUGAGAUUAUGGACUUCUUUUACGGCUACCAGGUGCUGCAAGGCUCAGUCUGCCUACAAUUCAGUGAGAAAGGCCUGCCAACUGGCGAGGCCAUGGUGGCCUUUCAGAACCACGAGGAGGCCACUGCUGCCGUCAUGGACCUCAAUGACCGACCAAUUGGAGCACGCAAGGUCAAAAUAAGCCUGGGUUAAAUCCCAAAUCCCAAAACAGACUGAUUGUAGAUAAAAAUAAAAAUAAAUUUACACCUACCUGGUUCAACCAUCCAGGUGAAACAAAGUCAACAUAAACCAUACCUGAGUCUGGACUCCAACCCAACUGUUAGUAUCUCAGUUUACAUCUUGCCGUGCUCAUUGAUUGUCAGUCAUUACUGAAGCCCCUCCCCCUGUGUGUAAAUAAUGGCCACGCCCCCCCUGCAGUCUGUCAAGUGGAACGACUGAUCCAGACUUUGCUCUUUGUGCAGCUCCUCCACUGACUCUGGUGGCACAAACCGAUGAUGAUGUUGAUGGAUUUUGGUCUUUUCUGAUCCUGUUUCUAAUGCCGCUUUUUGUCACGUCAUGUUGACACACUGAACAUACUCACCUGUUUUGUUGCUAUGGUAACACGAUGAUUAUAAUGAGGCUGACAAAGUAGCUGUAAAGCGCUUAAAUAUGCUGUGCUGCUGUGGUUUAAAAUGUAUGCCCUGUUGCUGUGGUAAAAUCAUGAUGAAAAGCCACAGCAUGUUGCCAUUAUAAAAUGUUUAUGCUCUGUUGCUAUGAUAAAAUUUGUUGCCAUGGUAAAAUCUUUACAUGCUCUGUUGCUAUGAUAAAAUUUGUUGCCAUGGUAAAAUCUUUACAUGCUCUGUUGCUAUGGUAAAAUCUUUACAUGCUCUGUUGCUAAAAUCUUUACAUGCUCUGUUGCUAAAAUCUUUACAUGCUCUGUUGCUACGCUAAAAUCUUCACAUGCUCUGUUGCUAUGGUAAAACAUGCUGUAGAUGAAAAGCUUUUCUAUCACAGUGACAUUUUGUUGCUCUGUUGCUGUGGUAAAGUCUUCACAUUCUCUGUUGCUAUGGUAAAAUUAUGAUAAAAAGCUAUGUUGCCAUGAUCAAAUGUUUAUGCUCUGUUGCUGUGGUGAAAUUUUGACAUGCCCCGUUGCUAUGGUAAAAAUCUUUACUGAUAACAAGCUUUUUGCCAUUGUAAAAGGCUGACACUCUGUUGCUAUGGUAAAAUGUUGACACAAUUCAGUGUUGCAACAGUGCUCCGUUGCUAUGUAGAGGAUGUGGGAUGGACAGAUUGCUGACUCGUGUUUUACUUUGUAAAUAAUGAUUUUUGGGCUGCUGAAUCCUUUUCCCCCUCUGUCUCAUUAUUGCUGUGUUUGAAUAUUGCCACCCCAACCCCACUCCCUUUUCCACAGCACAUGCUCAAUAGGUGUUUGGACUGUAGAGCGCUCAGAUGAAGUCUGUAGCGUUUUUUAGUUUGGUAGCUUUUUGUUGUAUGUAUGUUUGAUAAUGUUUUGGAUGUUUUCACCUUUAAAGCUCAUUUUUGUUUCUACUGUCAGUGUGAACAAACUUGUAUGAUCGUAUCCCAUACAUGAUGUGGAGUCUCCUUUGCUUUGGCUAAUAAAAGGACAUUCCUGAUGCACA